UGGGCUUGAGCACCAGAGGUGAACUCAUCAUCUCUCUGCGGCACAGGGGACAUCUGCAGCUCCCCGGGGUGACGUACGACGUGCUGGCGUCACAUACUGGAGUGUGGAGUUACCGCCUUACAUCAGGAAAUCCAUUCAAGUCGUUCAGUUGACGAUGUAAACAAAGGAAGUUUACACUGUGAAACUGGUUCGUUUUAGCUUCUAGCAUUGGCUAACUGUGUCAGACACUCGAUCCAUCUGUCUGCUACACUUGACUCAACAGAUCGGUGUGGCACUGGACACUCAGCAGCGUCGAUGCUGUCUCGCAGGUUGCUAGGUUAGUCCGUUUAGCUGUUAGCUUGCUUAAGUGUCCACAGAGUCAAAGUCAGUUCAACAUUGAUAAUAACAAGAUGGAGGCUCAUUUGGGAUCGCUGCAGAAUCCAAAUCUAAGCUCUGUCCUGUCUUCGUGUGAGCCAGAGCUGCAGGAGCUGAUGCGACAGAUUGACAUCAUGAUCAGUCACCAGAAGAAGGGUUGGGAGGCUGAGAUCCAGGCCAUGAGGCUCCGGCUGAAGAGUGGAGAAGACGAGCUGCUGACUUCCAGGAACCUUAUUGAACGGAGGGACCUGGAGAUCGGAUUGCUCCACAAGCAGCUAGAAGAUGUCCAGACUGAUCGACAAGAGUUAGUUGCCAAGUACGAACAACAACUACAGAAAGUUCGUGACGAGUUGGAUAAAUUAAAGAGAAGUUACCUCAAGCUCCAGCGCAAACACGUCAAGGAGACCAGCGGAGGAGUGAAAGAGACAAACCCUUCAGAGGUGACCCAACUGCUUGAAAAGAUUGAGGAAUAUCGUCAGCGCUCUGCAGAGUGGGAGCAGCGACACGACCGAUGUCAGAAACAGCUGACAGCGCUGGAGGCCCAGAAUCAGAGCCUGACUGAUGAGCUCACGCGUGUGAAUACUCGGUGGGCAUCAUGGCAGACGGACAAAGAGCACAGGGAGUGUGUGGAGGUGAAGAAUCUGCGUACUCAGCUGGAGAAGACUCAGAGCUGCCUGCACUCACAGGAGCUGGAGCUGGAGCGACUCCGGCCGCUCGAGAUGUGGCUGGGACAGUACCAGAGAGAGCAGCAGGUGUUUUCAGAGGAACGGGAGGAGCUUCAUGCAACUCUGGACUCUCAGGAUACAUUUGUGCAAAGAGCCAGUUUUGAACGGCAAAGGCUUCGUAAUGAAGCUGCCAGACUCAACCAACUGCUGCAAACUAAAGAUCAAGUCAUUCGCUCUCUGGAGGACUGUCUAACAGCUCAGGGCUGUGCCAGUGUGGAAACCCUGAGACAAGAUCUGGAAAGGACUGCAACCAAACUUCACUGUGCUGAGGCUAGUGAGGUUCAUCUCAAGGCUGAACUGGCCUGUCUCAAAGAGAGACUGGAUAAAGUGAAGGGACUGAGAGCCGACCACCCGAAGUCAGAACAAGACCUGAGAAGCAUAAAAGCAGAAUAUGACUCUUCUGUUACUGAGCUGAAAAAGCUGAGAGAAGAGCUUCAGACGACCAAGCAGACUCACAGUGGUGAGUUGGACGGGAUGAGGAAGGAGGUGUCAAAACUGACCGGCGAGCUGCACCAGCGCAACCUCACCAUCGCCUCGCUGAGCGGCUCCGCGUCCAACAUCGAGCAGCAGCUCCGUGGUGAGGUGAAGCGAGCACAACAGAAGGCAGCUGAUCUUAAAAUGAGUCAGACGCAGCUGGAGACUGUACAAUCUGAGAACCAUCAUCUGAAGGAUCUGCUGCACAGACUGGAGUCUCAGUCACCAAAGAGGGGGGACUCUGUGCUUGCAUCACUGAAGGAGAGUUACAUGUCCUCGCUGAGCAGCUUGGAACAAGAGAACCAACAGCUCAGGCGGGCACUCAGUGAGAUGCGAGCCCAAGUCGUGGUGUCCAGCCAGGAGAAUUAUGAACACCCCCUGCUCAGCCAUGUUGUAACAGACCAAACACAGCCCGCUCAGGACAAGACUGAAGAUACCAGACAUCACAAACACCAGGAGGAGACACAGGCCACAAAAGCUAAGCAGCAAGAGAACACCACUCACCAUGAAGGGGAGAUCCAGAGGCUCUUUAAAGAGCUGCACACGCUGUCGCAGUCACAGACAGACCAGCCCUGCAGCCAGGCCCAGGACGAUAGGCCUCAGUCAUCAGCUUCUUCUUCUUCCUCCUCCUGCAGCAAAAGAUUGACCAGGACAUAUUCUGUGCCAAUAUCAAGUUCAAACAAAUAUGCUGAGCGACAAAGCUCCAGCUCCGAAGACUCGCUGAACCUUAAGUCCAAGGAAAAAGUCCCUCCUGCUACCUCUCCACUGGAGCCUUUAUCAGCUUCACCUGCAGACAGCAUGGUCACUCAUUUCCUGGAAGAGGAAAUGCUACUGACCAAGGAACUGUUCCAGAGACUGGACACUCACAUCCAGGGGAUGAGAGAGAACAACAUUAGAACAGUCUCCAAGUACCUGCCCACUGGCUCAGGGCCUGAGUCACCCCACACGUCUGUACACAAUGGUCAGUGAGUGAGUGAGGUGGAAUAAAUCUGAAAGAAGUGCCUAGAUGAACAGUCAUGAAUCACUAUUGUCGCAGAAUUAAACUUUAGAGACAUCUG